UACUAGUGGAGAGGCAAAGCUCUUGUAUAUAAGGAAAAGUACAUAAGCAUACCCCCACCACGUCUUCCGCACCUCUAUUCCUAUCUACAUCGUUCUAUCUACACUCAACGGUCCAAGAUACCUAGUAGCGCGCCUUGGUGGCUGGAUACGAAACCGUUCUUCCCCUGCCGUCUCAGGUUGGUCAAGCCACUCGCCCUAGCUUCACCUCUAUACUCAUAUCUACACUCAACGAACUGGGUUUCUCAAUAUCUUGAAACAUUGAAUGCUUGAAAGAACGCACGCAGGACUUAAACAUUAUAAAACCUACCUACACUGGCACUUUAAUACCAGCCAACUUCAAGAUAGUGCCUUUAACAUUAGGUGUAGACUAGGCACCAGCGGAUUGAUCAUGACACUAGCAACGAAUUCAGACCUACAUAGUGGCCACGCACUUUGGGCUGACUCGGAACAGUUCGGUCACCAGGAACAACUCAACUUCGUAUGUACUAAGUAUACGAAGUAUACAAAGUACUCAAUGCUGCUACCUUGGUCAACGAAUUCAGAUUCGUUGCCUUGGUCUGCUUGCUGCUUCAAAUUUUGACAGCUCUGAAUUCGUUGCUGCUUUCGAUCGGCGAUGCAAUGACUGCAACGAUUACUUUUUAUUUACAGUACCGAAAGAAGUAAUUUUGACGAACAAUACGAAUUGUUUCUUCUUCUGGGACAUAAGCGAAGCUUCAUACGAUUUAUCUCUUUUUCCAGGAUAUUAGGCAUAACACAAAAAAAUAUGAUUUGAUCACAUGUGAAACUGAAAUUUUUUUGUAGUUUAUGCCAAGAGUUUCGAUGAAUGAAACGAAAGCGAUGCAAAACACAAGGGCCGACAAAUGUAAAUAAAGAUUUCGGGCAUGUGUUGACCGGUUGUCCACAAGUUCCCGCGAGAUAUUUACGCACGACGCCGAGAGCAGUGAUUUUGAGGAACAAUAUGAGUCGUUCUCUCUUGUGGAAUAUCAACAACACUAUGAAAAAUAGAAAGCACAAUCGCAAGAGAAAGUAUGGGAAAUUUCACGGUAAGUUGUUUGAUGCACUAUUCUACUCAACAUGUAACUUGAACAAAAUUCUUUGUGGAUUAUUGAUAUGUCGCAUACGAGGAUCAGAAACUGAGAUAAAUCCAAGGAGACCGGUGCAAAUAAUACGAGCUGACAACUGAAAAUGAAGAUUCCAGGUAUGUGUUAUGGGAUUUGAUUUACAACUUCAUGAAAACACUUCAACAACAGGGAGUCGAUCGAAUAAUGAAACAUAGGCAAUGGAUGGAACAUAAUUAUAAUUCAUAUUUAGAUGUAAUAUUCGUAUAAUUUUUUGUACCAAAUUUAUAUGUAUACAUAUGUAGAUUCAGGAUAAAUCUUAGUCUAUAGAAUUCCAUUAUUGAUAGAACCCGAAGAAACAUACAUGUAAAAAAUGAAGUUCGGAACUGUUCAAUCUGAUUUGAGAUGCAAUUCAUUUGAAGCAAAAACACAGCAUGAAUUACAACAUUUGAUAAGACAGAAUUUGUUGGAAACAGAGAAAAACGAAAAUAGAUACUGAUUUAUCAAUGUGGGAAAUACUCGAUAAUCUGCAAAUAAAAUCUUUAGCAUUUUUCAAAAACUAAAUAUUCAUCAUUUAAUCCUAAUGAUUACCGUUAUACAGUUUAUACCGUGCGCACCAAACGAUUUGGUCCGCCAUUUGGUGCUUGACGCAUAUACGCGUGUAGAGCGGUGUAUACAUGGCCAUAGGUUGUGACCAGUGGUUGUGACAUAUGUGUGAGUUUUUUUAUAUUCGUCAAGUACUACGUAUGUACAUACGUACGUAGUCGUUGACUGAAGCUGACAUACUUAUCAAAAGUCCUGGAAAAAUCAAUACUAAGUUUCGAAAAAAAAAACUAGUAUCACAAAAAUUGAUACGUGAUAUCAAAAAUGGGGAAAAAUAAACAGGCACAACGAACAAAGAAUAAUGCAAGGCCAUCAAGCAGUGGUAGAAGUGCUGAGCUGCUAAGCGCUUCCAAACCACAUUUUGUUAGUCUUUUGGCAGUAAAGGAUAGCGGAUAUGAUCCCAUUUUACCAGGACUAACUAUAAGUACGCUGGAUGAAAUUGAUGUCAGUAAAUUAGAUUCAAACUUUCAACUGCUAUUGAAGAAAAUGAAUAAAAAAGAUGCAACUACUAAAUUGAAGGCAUUGCAAGAAUUUACCGUUCUGUGUAACAACUCAACACCACUGACUGUUCGGUCCGUUCUGCCAUUUUGGCCACGUAUAUAUUGCGUUCUGGCAAUUGAUGUUAACCACAGAGUAAGAGAAGCUACUCACAUUGCUCAUUUAGCUGUUGUUAAACCUGUGGGUAGAAAUAUUGCACCAUACCUAAAACAGCUAGCUGGACCAUGGUUCACCUCUCAAUAUGAUACAUAUGCACCUGCAGCAUCUGCUGCUAGUAACGCGUUUCAGGAAAUAUUCCCCCCUAAAAAAUCAACUGAUGCGAUAGUCCACUGUCAGGAAGAGAUAUUAAAUUAUAUUCACGAUAAUAUUACGAUUCAAACUCCACAGACCCUUGGAAAUAAAAAAACAGGAACACCAGAGGAAAUGGAAAUCAGAUAUCAGCGAUUACUGAUAUCAAGUUUGCAAGGUUACUCGUUAUACUUAAAAUCAAUUCCAGUUCACCAGCUAGAAAAAGUUGCAAACAUCCACGCAAACAUCUUAUCAAGUAACAAAUUCUGGAAAUUGGCAAAGCAUGAAGUUCCACUAAUCAGAGCUGGAUUCUUCAGUGUGCUCGCAGCAAUGAUCCAAUACACUGAUGAGCUGUAUAAAAAUGAAAAAAAAAAGUUGAUCACCGCUAUUAUGAACAAUCUCGAUGAAACAGAUCCUGGCGUGUCACCCGUCGUAUGGGAAGCUGUAUUGUUUGUGAUACAUAAAAUUAAGAAUUGGCAUAACGUAGUUAGCAUUGAAAAGCUCAUAUUGCCCAAGUUGUGGCGUGUUCUAAGAGAUGGGGGACAUGGUAGCGCUAGCUCUAUCUAUCCUAAUUUAUUACCAUUGAUUAGUCAUUUUCAACUACAAAAUGUGGACAGAAUACAUUUGUAUACAAACUUCUUUGAUAAUCUCCGAAAAGGCUUUAAAGUCAAAAGUGUUCAGCUUAGUCACUUGGAGACGUUAGCCGUGGUGACGGCAUUCACAGAGUGUUUACGUUAUGUGAUACACCAGAACAGUAACAAUCAAAUUUUGUGUGAGACUUUAUUCCAACAACAGUUGGUGCCAGCAUUGGAGUGGUGCCUUACGAAAAAUUCACUGAUAAAACAAUUACUUUCAAAUCAAAUAACACAGCUCGUUUGUUAUUGGAGUAAAAAUCGUGAGGUUGCUGAUUACAAAUCAUAUUCUUAUUUGGUUCAACAAUUUUGGGCUGAACUCGAGGCCAAAUUAUUAGAUUCACUAGAAUCAACAAAUCUAAAUUUCGAUGCGGCUUGUAUUUCUGAAACACACGAUUCAUUAAUUGACUUAUUGCUGGGUUUGCGAAAUACCUCGCUAGUAAGCCGUAAACACUUGAGGGUAAAGUUUUUCGAUCCAAACGAGAAAGUAGAGAAAGAUGAAGUCGUGCCUCAAGUCGCAAAUGAUGAUGCAUUGUAUCACAUGGAGUUAGCUCAACUGAUAAAUAAAAUAGCUUCGGUUUGUUUUGCUAGCAUUGAAGAAGAUUCGUCUGGAAUAUUUGUCCAAACCUUUUACAAAUUAGUUUUUAAUUUCGGAAGCAAAGAUCUUCUGGAUGCCGUAGUUCAAUCGGACAAUACAGGUACCAGUCUGUUCAGCAUCUAUGACAAACAUUUGAAGCAAUGGUUGAUCGAAAAACCCAAACACAUUGGAAUUAUAAUGAAGCUGUUAUUUAGUAUAAUCAAAUAUUUCGACGAAUCAGAAAAAAAUGCGGUCCUUGCUUCAAUCGCUCAGAUCGACAAUGAAAUUGUGCUUAGGUAUGGAAUUGAGUAUGCUUUGUCAAAACGGAAUAGAGGCGAUCCAGUAGUGAUAGAGUGGAUUUCACAAACUAAAGUCUCCACCUCGUUAGUUGAAAUUGCUAAACAGAUAGCAACUAGUGAUUCAACAACUAACUUUAACACUAAUAAGAAUGUUCUAAUGCUUUGUUUUGAAUGCCAAGAUAAUGGUGAUUUAAUUGUCGGUGAACGCACAUUCGAGUGUAUUGUAUCAAUUCUUUGCAAUGGAGUGACCGAACAAAGUAACAAAAAUUCAAAUGCCCUUGCGGAAUUGCUGUCUGAUCUAUGUAUGGUAACUUGGAGUCAUAAACAACCGGGACUAGGGGCUAUUAAAAUAGUAGAGGCUCUGUUUCAACUCAGCUGUAGAGAUGACUUGGAUGGCAGUGAUUUCCAUGUAGGAAAUACUGUACAAAAUACUUGGAAACUCGCAGUUGUGGAAUUCAUUAAUAAACUUUCUUCAUCUAAGCUACUUGGUUUGACUAAGAAGUGUGCUAAUAUUCUUUGGGAAAAAAUCUUCAAAUCAAAAGAUAUACUGUUCACCGAAAAACUUGUGGAAGUUGCCGCAACAUUUAUAACAGCAAUGAUGAAAGAUGGUAACCAGAAUGCUCUCAUGGGAGAUGUUGUUAUGUCUUUUACGAGUGGAGCAGAAAUAACAACGUGGUUGUCGAGCCCAACAACUGUUGUUUUAUAUGGAGAAGUAGUAUCGGGUAAUUUGUUAGUGAUGGAAACCUCUUUUGAGACUCAAAUUGGUCGAGACUUUAUUAAGGUCGAUUUGGAACGAAAGUAUCCUAUUGACGAUAUAGAAAACUGCGUUAAAUGGGCUUUUUUCAAUAUAAUAUUGUUGAAAAAAAUGUUUACAACAAAUCGCGCGAGCGAAGAUAUUGACGAGGCUGGUUCAAACCAAAUAGAAAGUAUGGAUACUUCAAAAAAUACUGCCUUGCCUACUAUCAAAGAUACUCUGGCAAAUAUAUUACACGUCAUUGCUGUAGGAUAUUUAUAUAGUCGGCAUUACGCAUCUACGAAACAUUAUAAUUCCAUCAGUACCCUGCUUGCUAAUCUGCGUGAAGAAUUCAAGCAUACGUAUACAUUGCUUGAACCCGAUGUACGUGAAAGCAUUCUCAGACUCAUCUUUGAAAAUUCUCGUACCAAUAUUGGAAUUUGGCCUUAUGUAUUACACCUCUAUUGUACAGAACUCGCACCGUGUACUAGCCUGGCUACUUAUUUCAAGAGAAAUUUCAGCACCUUAAGUUCUGAGUCCAGUGGUACCGAUGAACAGGCCGCUUACCUUCAUGCUGUUCAAGUACUACCUGAUUAUGUUAAUAUGGCAGAUGUUCCGUUAGAACUGUAUGACUAUAUCAAUGUACUUGUAAUAGAACGCAGUUUAUUGCGCGAUGGAUCAGAUGAAGGCAUUGUUCAAUCUUUCAUUGCAACCCUGGACAAAAUGAUAAAACUUUAUCAAGAAGACAGUGGUUUCUUAUUGUUUGGGUGUGAUGUAUCUCGGGUAUCCUGGCAAGAGUUGAGAAUAGCCUUGGAAGUUAUAAGGUUCCUGAGAAAAACUGCAGCAACAAUACCAUUGAAGCUUAAUAAUGUGCAUUGGGAUUUUAUACUCAUAUCACUAGCUUCUUGGCAACUUUCAGUGAACAAAUCUAGACAGGACUGUGAUAAUUUGCAGGUAACAGCUUUCAUUGUUGCUGUUAAUCAAUUGUUUCGAGUGAUACAAGCACUUCUGUAUAAGCAUGAAGAAGAGCCUAUAAAAGCAUUGCCUCUGACAAUGUUGGACGAGUGGAAAAACAUUUUUGCAGACGAUGUGCAUAUCGUCGUCAUUGAGACUUGGAUGUAUUGUUCCGAUUUGUACAAUCAACACGACAUAUCAUCAACAAAAAUCAUUUUGCUGGACAAUUUGGGCGAAGCUCUAAAAUUAGUUGAUAAUGAAAUCUUCUUCAAACAGCAAAGUAGCGCCACACUUGCACCAAUCAACUCUGGACAAGUAAUUGAGCUAUCAUGUAAAUGGCUCCAAUCACCUGUUCCAAGUCUUCAACUGUCUGCUUAUCAAGCUUUGAAAAAAGUUAUUCCAGAGCUUGUGUCACAAGACAAAACUCUUAUAGAAUCAGAAAAUUUCAACCCUAACUCAUUAAAUAUAAAAAAAUUUGAGCACAUCCUUGCGGCUACACAGAGUAUAGUCAAUGCUAUGCUACUGGAUUUCAAAUUGUGCGAAACUGUGAACUGCACGAUUCAACCAUACACUGACUCUUAUAUUUAUACCCUUGGUUAUCUAUUUACAUGGGCCAUUCUUCUGGAUAUGUGUUCUCAUGCUCAUGCCGAAUUACGCUACCAAUAUUCUGAAUCACUCAAGGACGAUUUCUUUCCCUGUUUGUUGAAUAAUCUUUUUCGGUUGAUGCCUGUCGAAGUUUUUCAUGAUAAUAAAAAUAAGGCUGCCAGGCUGAUUGAAAUAUUUUCUACUUCUCCGUUGUUUAGCUUCGCAGAGAGUUGGACCGAAUGGAGACUGGAUCAUCUAGUUUGCUGGUUAUAUGCUGAUAGUUUACGACAGCUUCCUGUUCUGGUCAGACAGUGGUGGGGAGCUGCAGACAGUAGAGUUAGUGCCGUGGUAGAUAGAAUCACAACUCUGUAUGUCAGCCCUAUGCUUUGCCAGGAAGAACUUCAAUGCAAUAAGCUGACCAACAUUGAAAAUAUGCAGGUCAAAAUACACCCAACAGCAAGAGAAGUUAUAGCACUUUACCAAGUGGAAGAUGCAAAGUUGGAACUCAGUAUAGUUUUACCUGUUAAUCACCCAUUAGGACCAGUGACUGUGGAGCCUGGACAGCAUGCAGGUGGUGGGGCUCAGUGGAGAAACUGUCACAUGCAGCUUUCAAUUUUUUUAACACAUCAGAAUGGAUCUGUGUGGGAUGGUUUGACUCUCUGGAAAAACAACUUGGACAAAAGGUUUUCUGGUGUGGAAGAGUGUUACAUCUGUUUCAGUAUCGUUCACGCCACUUCAAACCAGAUACCAAAGCUUUCGUGCCACACUUGUCGCAAGAAAUUCCACACACCGUGUUUGUACAAAUGGUUCAAUACAAGUCAGAAAUCAACAUGUCCAAUUUGCCGAAACAUAUUCUAAAUUUAAUAGUAUAUAGAGAUGAAAUGUUGAUGUAGGUAUAAUGAGUGUGUGUAUGUAAACCGAGUUAUUAUCUCAUUGUAAAGUAGUUAAUACAUGGGAUUAUCACUAUGUUGAUUAAAUUAGUUCAAAACCAUUGUUAAUCAGCGAAAUGCACAAAAUUUGGAUAACUCCAUUAGUUGAACAGUGAAACAACAUCAGAACAAUAAGAUUUUCAACAAUAGGGUACCAAGAUAAAAUGUACGUACUAUAUGUAAUUAUGUAUAUGCGUUGAAGGAAGAAUAUUACCCAUUUGUAUAAAUGUAAAUAUAAUGUUUUAAUUUAUACAUAAUAAGAGCGGUAGUGUUCAAGAAAUGGUGAAUAUAUACUUUUUUGGUGUAUGAUA